GACGACGUGGGCACAGUAGUACGCGCACUCUACGCCUAAACGCUGCGCGCCUGCGCACACGCAGUCUUAUCUCCAAACACUACAACCACAAAAUGAGUGCAACGCACAUCACUUUAUGAGCGGAUUACAGUGCAAAAACUCGAACAGUGACGUGAUGAUAAUGUGCAUCGAUGAUUGAAAUAUCUCGUGUCGGUAAUAACUCUCGCCAGUGUCUAUUAACUGUUUUAUGGCCUGUACAGUGCGUCUUUUGUUGUGUGCACAUCUACUAAUCUCCUAUUCACCUGUUGGAGUCAACUGUGGUUAGACUGUGAAAUGUGACAAAAAAUUGCAAUGAACCUUUGUUCCAAGCGGACCCUUGGUUUGUAAACUUUGUGGACGACUACCUGACUACUGACGGUAGAAGUGUCUAGUGAUCGAUCGGACGACCCGUCGACUUAUGACUUGAAGACGUGAUGUCGGAUAAUAGUGGAAACGCAACUGUAGUAACCAGGGCGUCAACACCUCGCCCAGUACCCGAUAGUCCUGUAAAUGCUCCUUUACGCUCGAGACAUGAUCAGUUUCUCGCGAGCUCAGCUGAAAGAGCACAGAGACCAACGUCAAACGGCAGAAACCCUGCCAACUUUGAAUCGCCACCAUUACCAUACCAUCGACAGAUAACCACGGGAGCUCUCCUAACGUCAACUCAUAGAGAAUCGUCAGCUUUUGUGCCCGUUGUACCAACCAGAGCUAUGCAUCCCGUCAUGUAUCCGAAUGAAAUGCACCCAGCAUUGAUUCCUUCGGAAAUAAUCGAACGGGAACGAAUGUUGGAUCGGGAAAGACCUGAACCUUCUAAGGGAUCACCAGACAGAACGUCUGGAACAUUCAACAAAAGAAAUUCGUUCGAUUUAAUGGCUAUGAUGGUUGAAAAAAGAAAAGAAGUAGCUCUUAGAGAGGCAGCGGCGGCGAUGCUCUUACCUCAUCACAGAACCUCGUCAAUUGAAGGCAUGAUUUCGGAUGGAUCCUCGCAACCUCCUAUUUAUGGUCCACCAGGAGCCUUUCUAGGUCCACCGGGUCCAUCGCCUACAGCAGCUAAUAGUUUUAAUUUUCCCGGUGCUGGAUUAUUUCCACCAGGAGCUGGUCCUCAUCAAAUGCACCCACACCUCGAUAGACGAUUAUUAAGAGCUCCCGGUAGAGCGUCUAGGCCGAAGAAGCAAUUUAUAUGUAAAUUCUGUAAUCGACAAUUUACAAAGUCGUACAAUUUGCUUAUCCACGAAAGGACGCACACAGACGAGAGACCGUACUCCUGUGAUAUUUGUGGGAAGGCGUUCAGAAGACAAGAUCAUCUGCGGGAUCACAGAUACAUACAUUCGAAGGAGAAACCAUUUAAAUGUACAGAAUGUGGAAAAGGUUUCUGCCAGUCGAGAACUCUCGCCGUUCACAAGAUCCUGCAUAUGGAAGAAUCACCUCACAAAUGCCCCGUUUGCAGCCGUAGCUUCAACCAACGAUCAAAUCUUAAAACUCAUCUUCUCACACAUACUGACCAUAAACCUUAUGAAUGCAACUCGUGUGGCAAAGUGUUUAGAAGAAAUUGCGAUUUACGACGCCAUGCUUUAACACAUGCUGUGGGAGACGUUCCUCCUGGAGAUGUCCUUGAUGUGGGUGAAGAGGAUAUUGGUAGACCCGGUUCCCCUAUAGAACCGGGCUACGAUGAUGAAGACCCAGAACUUUCAUCCCCAGAACAUUCUCCGGUUAGACGAGCAAGAUCAUCGUCCGUUGAAAGUAUUGGGAGAGAACAAAGUGAAGAACGGCCUAGGCGACCUUCGCCUCCACCGCAUAGCGUUGAAAGAACUCACUGUCACCAUAAUGAGCCGAGAGACCGAGCCAGCCCAUAUACUAUGAGACCUCAGCAUCUAGACAAGCACCGCAUGCCGUCAGCGGACAUGUAUGAGAAGCGCAGAUACACAUCAGAAGAAAUAAUGGAAAAGGAAAUGCGUUACAAUGAUAUAACGGAGCCACAAGUAAGACACCCACAAUUACAAAUUCGGAGAGAUUUACAUCAAAUACAACCUCCUGAUCCUUCGAAAAUCAACCAACUCACUAGUCCUCCUAUAGAUCCUGGGCCUUCAGGGAUGUUCCUUAGCUCAUUUAGAAAAAGAAGUCAUCCGCCUGACAUGGGAGAAAAUAUGAGAACUUGCGCUCCUGUUUAUCGUAGCAGAUCUCCAGAACCGACUAAUUUAUCGAUGCCUCGUCAACCCAUGGGAGCUAAUGAUGUGGCAGUCGGCAUUCCGCCGCCUAUGUUGAGUAUACCAGCGUACCAUAAGUUUGGCCUACCUUUGCCCCCGCCACACCCUCAAGUGGCUUACGGACCUCUACCACACCCUGUGUUAGGACCUCAACAGACAUGUGCUCAAGAUCUUAUAGUCAAACAAACAGCUCCAAAAGACACUGCCCCGAGCACUUCAACGAGCGUAUCAAGUUGCAAAGAUGGUUCGCAAAAUACUAAGGGAAAUGAUGACAUCAAUUCAAGCUCUAUUGUUAGUGGAAUUAAAAAUAUAGUAGGUAUUCAACCACCAGCUAACUCGAAGUCUGGGACUAGCCAGUCGAGUGGACCCAAAAAAGGUUUUAGCAUAGAGGACAUCAUGAGACGUUAAUGAGUUUAGGUAUUUUUAGUAGUAGGUUAAUAUAAAUUUGCAAUAUAUGCUUAAUGAUAAUGGAAAGUAUUAUUAGAUCAGGUUAUUUUGUAAAAUUAUAAGCAGUACCUACAUGUUGUAUGUAUUUGAAAUGUGGAUUGGGUUUUCGUAAAGAUCUCAUAUGGUUUGUUUGUGCAGUGUUUUGUUUACGUCCAAAUUUUAUAGUUAGUUAAAAAGAAGUUUAGGCCAUAUUGUACUAUUUAACGAUAUUUUAAUGAUUGAGUUCCGAAGUAUCAAUGUUAUAUCUUGUGUGUAUGUUUAGACUAUACUAAAAUUAAGUUGCGACUGGUAAAUUGAUGAUUGUGUUAUUUAUUAUUUAGUUUUUAAGUAUCAAUAAGAUGGCAAUGUUAGUGUAUGUAGUUUUAAUUUCGUGAUGAUUUUAUUAUACGUAAAGUACUGUUAUAAAUGUGAAGAUUGUAUAAGUAUUACAAUUUAUUGAGAACUUUGAUUAGAGAGAAUAAGGUUUAACUGUAUAAAGUUUUUAAUAAUGUAAUUUGUUAAGUUAAUAGCGGAAUUUGCUGUUACAUUAGUUACAUUAUAUAUAAGGUAUUUGUAAGAUACAGGCUAUCUUCGUGUCGUUAUUAUGGGUAGAGCGAGCCAUUAAUUAACGAUAGCCUGGUUUAAUAUACG